AUUAUACAGAAUGUAUUUCGUCCGGCGGUUUAAUUAACAUCUAAGUGCGACCUGAAAAAAUCUGAAUUCAAUAAUGAGGAUUUUUAUCGCAGAUUAGAUACGAUGCGUGCCGUCUCCCUGGACAAUUAUUACAAAGGUUGAAAUGUAGGCGGUACAAGGUGAAGUGCAUUUCCAGGGAAAAGUGUAUUUUGAUCUGAAGGAGAACUACCCGGCGCCAUUUUGAAAAAAAGUCUGACAUGGAAGCCUGCAGUUUGAUAUGAUUUCAACAUUGGAUGAGACGGAGGAAUUCCCUGUCUUCUUUGUGUUUUUUUUAACUGGAGAUUCAGCAGUUAAUUUUGAUGGAAUUUAGUUAAUAUGAUGUUGAUUAUGAUCUGUCUGGAAUACCAAUAAUAAUCUAACAUUAUUUCAAUUUUAUUUUGCAAAUAAUUCAUUAUGACGGCGGCGCACAUGACAGUUUUGAACGGCAAAAACAGAGAGCUAUAUUAUCUACAGAGAAAAAAGGUGAGAAUUGGAAAUUGCUGAUUUCAACAUGUCAAUAAUUAUGUCAACGUCUUCUUGAGUAGGCUUAUAAUAAUCCCAGACCAUGUAACAACAAUGGCGACGUCACAGUUCUUUGUAUGUUUGGUGAAUAUUCUUUUCGUCAUCGUCAGCGGAAGUACAAAUACAGUUGUUUUGACAAGCGUCUGUGAUGCAAGUCUUCAGAAAAAGGACGCUAGCUUUAUUGUGACGUCAGCAACCUUCGAGAACAUCACGGGCCCUCAGGAUUGCACCGUGGUCGUCCAGGCUCUCAAAUCAAACCAGAUGAUCGCUGCCGUCUUCGUUCCACCAUUCCUACUCGAAGACGAUGAAAAUAACCCAAGUAUACCAGACGGACAAGGUUGCAGAAGAUCCUCUCUGAUGAUAUGGGAUGGAGAUGACUCUGAGACGGACGAGCUGAUUGGUCGAUACUGCGGCACAGAGACUCCGGUAAGCUUCGAGUCUACUGGUCAGUUCUUGACAAUCAGGCUCGCUCUCAACGAAUCAGCCGCGGCCAACAUCACACUCCUCGUCACUUCAUUUGAUAAUGGCGCAUGUGAUGACGAUGUCACUGAGCUGAGAUGCAACAACGGACGAUGCGUGCCGCGCUCUGUCCGCUGUGAUUUCGCCAACAACUGUGGCGACAAUUCAGACCAAUUCAUCCAAGAACCAGCAUUCUGCUCUGAAUCUGACGAUUCAACCGAAUCCGAAUCAUACCUAUGGCUCUGGGUCCUGCUCGGCAUCAUUGGCGCUCUCUUGAUGGCGUUCAUCCUCUAUUGGUUGCUAUGGCGACCGGGCUACAUCAUCUGGAGACUCGGAUGUUGUCGGAACCUCUGGUAUGGGUGCUGCAAGGGCGCCAAUUCAAAAUGCUGCGGAAAGUCCCGCAGGUAUAACAAAGGAUCUCAAGGAAAGAAGAGUGGGCUAGGAGUGGGUCACCAAGACGGGAUGCAAUACCACGAUGCAGACCACGAGGACGACGACGACGAUGAUGUAUCAGGAGGAUGCUUUUGCUGUCGGUGCUGUCGAUGUUGCUCCUCAAACGAUCGGAGAUCAAAUCGACAUCCAAGUCAAGGAUCAAAUUCCAGCAUGACCCCGCUCCAGCGACCUGGGCUCCACAAAGAGGGGCUGAUGUUACCCCCUGACGCGGGAGAUAGACCAAGGCUUGAACGUGAGGGGGUAAUGUUACCACCCGGUGCGGGGGAAAGACCACGACUCCAACGUGAGGGUUUGAUGUUGCCCCCCGAUGCUAUCCGUCCAUCCUUAUACAAGGAAGAUUUGAUCGUACCCCAAUAUGGUCCCAGGCCACAACUCUAUAAAGACGGGGUUAUACUUCCCCCGUCAGAGGAACAAGGGAGGAUACAACCAAUGGCUUUUGGUAUCUACCACGAGGACACCAUUUUACCCCCACCAUCAACUCUUAUUACCCCUUCUCUCAUGGAGGACUAUCAGAAAGACUGGGAUGGAGGGCAUGCUCGAGAGGCUCGAUGAGAAAAAAGGAAGAUAAACUGAUUAAAUUGAAGAUUUAUGCAAAUUUGCAAUUACCUAUAAUAUAUACAGGACUAGUAUAUAUUUCCAUAUUUCCAAAUAUAUGUACAUAUAUUCUUCAUCCUUUCCUUUGGGAAAUUUGAGCAAGAACUUUGAAGUUCGAACGAAAGAUCGGUUGAUUUGAAAGAAACAUUGUAAAUGGUAAAUGUAAGCAUUAUACACCCAUAGUUAAACCUUACAAAGACAGGACCAAAAAUAUAUCCAACUUUUAUCACUGAUUUGUGAAGAUUAUCAAAUUUGAUCAUUCAUUUGUAAAGAGCAAAACGUUGUAAUAAACUAGUAUAUUUGGAAUAAAAGAUAUUCUUUGAGAUUUGCA